GAGCGGCUGACAGGAGGGGCGGGCGGCUCCUGCACUUCUGGCCCCCAGGCCGGCGGGCGCGCUUCUAAGGAUUCCCGUGUGCGUCGGGAGUCCCGGUGUGGCCAGCGGCAGCCGUGCGGGCGGCCGGAGUCGGCGGUGGGAUGUGCUCGGCCAGGAAGCUGCUGCGGGGCGGCGCCGGCAGCGCCGGCGGGGAGUGCGACGAGGACGGGGCGGCGCCGGCCGGGCGGGUUGAGGAGCCGGAGCACGGGGCGAGCCCGCGGCGCCGGCGGCCGCAGGACGAGGGCGAGCAGGAUAUUGAAGAACCACAAAACCACUCUGGCGAACCCAUUGGAGAUGACUACAAAAAGAUGGGAACACUUUUUGGUGAACUGAACAAAAACCUCCUCAACAUGGGCUUCACAAGGAUGUAUUUUGGAGAACGAAUUGUGGAACCAGUAGUAGUCCUUUUCUUUUGGCUUAUGCUAUGGUUCCUGGGCCUGCAAGCCCUUGGACUCGUUGCCGUUCUUUGCCUUGUCAUUAUUUAUGUACAGCAGUAAAACACCAGACAUUUGAUAGCCAUGUAUGUAACUGAUAUACACUUGGGCUUUUUGAAAGCCAAAAUAGUUUGACAUAUUUCCUAUUGUGUACUGGCUAUUUUGUAAUUUAAAUUAUAAAUGAGUGUUCUUUAAAACUCAACUCUUUGUUACAACAAGGAUGAAUAUAUAUAUUUUUGACUAUAUAUUAGCCUAUUAAAACUCUUUUUCACUCCUGUGAUCUGUACCUACUGUUAGAUACUGCUUUCCCAUGCCAAAUCUGAAUAUCACAAAACAGCAACAGGGCAAAUAGCAUGGCAUGGGGUUGCAGUGAGAUGGUGUAGUUCUUGUAAAGUUACAAUAAAAACAUGUUGAAAGGAAAAGAGACCUGUAGCUAAGAAUAAGUUUUAAUUGGAAAACUCUUCCACCUGCACCUCAGUUGAAAAAUCCCAUUUUGGGAAUAUAUUUGUCUCUGUUAUCUCUGCGUAGUCCAAAACAAAGUAAAUGGUACCGCUGUCGUGCUGCGAAGGUGAGAACGCUAGUGUCUUCAAACUGAAAAUAAUAUAUUUAUUAUUGUUGCUAACGUUUUUGGGUUAAAUGUAAGUUUUUAUGUGUUGUACUCAGGCCUUCCUGGGAUUGUAAAGUUAGAGAUGAUUCUGGUGCUAAUUUCUUUUUGUGAGUCCCACGGCCGGCCGGGUGCCUGGCAGUGUCUGCCAUACUGUCCCUAGCCGCUUGCAUGUGUUUUUCUAGAGACAUUUUCAGUGCAUUUCUUUCCCAAAAGUUCAUAAUUUUAUAGUUCUUUUCAAACAAUUACUCUGAGAUGUAAAACAGUGCAUUUUCUGUCAUGGCAUGGAGUUUUCCUCCCAAAAGAGUAAUUUCUAUCUAUUUAAAAAAAAAAUCAAAUAAUUUUUCUUUGAUAUCUGUAUUGAAGAGUACAAACUUCAGAAUAAAAUCACAUGUUUAAAUCUAGAACUCAGUAGCCACUUGUAAUAUUCUAGGAUUAAAGCCAAUUGUCCAGUCAUGUUUCUAAUGUAUAGUAUGGGGUUUUAUUAUACUGAAACAAGCAUUUCUUUAAAUACAUUUUGAAAAUG